AUGGGGAUCCCGUCUAUAAAUACUAUCAACAUCCACGCUCAGUGACAGUCACAGACAGCUGCAGCCGCCGGCCCACCGACCCUUUGAGGCCAUUCGUAGCAAUCUGAGCAGGCCAGUGAGCACCGAUAGACCCGCUUUUCUCGUGGCAGGAAGGGAGCCCACCAAAACCCCACCGACAAAAUGGCGGCUUUGACGAUAGACCCGGCGCAGCAGCCUCGGAUGUACCAACAGAGCCUGCUCCAGGAUGGACUGUGUGAUCUGCUGGAGAACGACAAGUUUGUGGACUGCGUCCUGAAAGUCCAGGACAGGGAGUUCCCCUGCCACCGCCUGGUCUUGGCUGCCAGCAGCCCCUUCUUCAAGGCCAUGUUCCUGUCUGAACUGGAGGAGAGUAAGAAGCGGGAGAUAGUCCUUAAAGACGUGGACCCCAGCAUUAUGGAGAUGAUCCUGCGCUACAUAUACACGUCCGACAUUAAUCUGACCGAGCAGAAUGUCCAGGACAUCUUCAUGGUCGCUAACAUGUACCAGAUCCCCUCCAUCUUCUCUGUGUGCUUGUCCUUCCUUCAGGAGAAGAUGGUGCUGGGAAACUGCCUUGCCAUCUUGAAACUGGGGCUCCUUCUGGAUUGUCCGAGGCUCGCUCUCGGUGCGAGAGAGUUCAUCUGUGAACGCUACCAAGUGGUUGUGAGGGACCAGGACUUCUUACAGCUCAGCCCCAGUGAGUUAGCCAUCGUCCUCUCUUCAGACGCCCUGAACGUUGAGCGGGAAGAGCAGGUUUUUGAAUCCCUGAUGGACUGGGUCAGACACGAUGAGACGACGCGGCUGAAGGAGCUCCCGGAGCUGCUGCACUGUGUCCGAUUCAGGCUCAUCCCCAUGGAUUACUUCAGAGAAAAAGUUGAGCAUCAUCAGUACAUUCGAUCCAACCAAGAGAUCAAGAAGCAGCUGGACCUCGUCACAGAUGCUCAUCAAGGCCGUCUCCCCAAGCCGAAGAGGAUUAGCGGCGAUGGGGCGAAGGGAGGAGAGGAGAGCGAGGGUGAGGAGGAUGAGGAGGGAUACCUGCCAGGAAUACUGAACAACAACCCUCGCUUUGGGAUGUUUGAGCUGGACCUCCUACUAAUGAUCAACAACACAGGGACUGUGGCCUAUGACCCCGUGGGGAAUGAGUGUUUUGUGGUGUCCGAAUCCACAGAGAUUCCCAAGAACCACUCCAGCCUGGUGACGAAGCAGAACCAGAUCUUUGUGGUCGGAGGACUUCUCUAUAACGAGGAGGACAAAGAUGAGCCGUUCAUGUCCUACUUCCUGCAGUUUGACCCAGUGAGUUCAGAGUGGCUGGGAAUGCCUUCACAGCCCAAUCCUCGGUGUCUGUUCGGCCUGGCUGAAGUGGAAAACUCUAUCUUUGUUGUUGCUGGAAAACAACUGAAGGAGGGAGAGCACGCUCUGAGCUCAGUCAUGAUCUAUGACAGACAGUCAUUCAAAUGGGGGGAGUCAGACCCGCUGCCUUAUGAAGUGUAUGGACAUGGGACUGUAGCUCACAAUGGGCUUGUCUAUGUUAUUGGAGGAAAGUCUGAGAGCAAGAAAUGCAUGAGAAGAGUCUGCGUCUACAACCCCACUAAGUUUGAGUGGAAGGACUUGGCUCCUCUGACGACAGCCAGGUCUCUCUUCGGCAUUGCUGUCCAUAAUGACCAGAUCUAUGUGGCCACAGGAGUGACUGACUCAGGCCUCACCAGCUCAGUGGAAGUCUAUGACAUUACCACCAACAAGUGGUCUGAGUUUACAGAGUUCCCUCAGGGGCGCAGUUCUCUGAGUCUCAUCUCAACGGGAGGUCACCUGUAUGCUAUCGGAGGAUUUGCCAUGAUGCCCAGUGAAGCCAGUGAAGACCCAGUGCCAACGGAAAUGACCGAUAUCUGGAGAUACGAUGAGUCAGAGAAGUGCUGGAGUGGGAUUUUGCGAGAGAUUUGCUAUGCAGAGGGAGCCAGCAUUCUCCCAGUGCGUCUCAACACUCUACGCCUCACCAAGUUAUAAUCAGACUGAACUGCUGCUGCCAGGGCUUUCAGCAGGGGGAGACAGAUGCCACUGGAUUAAAGCUGCAGGAGAAGGACUAAUGUUGCACCAAAUUCAGAAGCUAAAUAUGUGAAAUAUUGAUCUGUUCAUCUGUACUUUUUAUGAAUUGUUCCCAUUAAGUUUGUUUGUUAUAUAUGUUACAUUCAAAUAAAACAAGAGUGUUGAAAAAGCUA